AUGCUUAAAACGCCUUUAAUCUCAAAUGCUUUCGUCAUGCUGCGCAUGAAAUGGAGCAUGAUGAUAACUCGAAUAAAAGUAAACAAAGAGGAAUCAGACUUGCUAUUUUGUUAUGAUAUCCUUAAGUCUGUUUCACGCUCCUUUGCACUAGUGAUUGCGCAAUUGACAGAUUCUGCAUUGCGGAAUAGUAUCUGCAUCUUCUACCUCACCCUGCGUGCAUUGGACACGAUCGAGGAUGACAUGAGCGUGCCCAUGGACGUGAAGUUGGAGGAGCUGAGGAAGUUCAGCAGUCAUCUGGAGGAUCCGGAGUGGAGAUUGACCGACGUUGGUGAAGGUCGCGAGCGUGAGUUGCUAGAGCAAUUCCCUUGUGUGGUGCGAGAAUAUCGAAGGCUCUCGAAGGAAUAUCAGUCCGUCAUCUCCGACACGUGCGAACGGAUGGCAGAGGGCAUGUGCGAAUUCCUGCAGCGCCCAGUGGACACGCUGGAGGACUAUGAUCUCUACUGCCACUACGUCGCCGGGCUGGUAGGGCAUGGCCUCACCCGACUGUUCGCGAGCACCGUUUUUGAGGGUCCACGCCCGGCUGAGGACCUCACCAACGCCAACCACAUGGGUCUCUUUCUCCAAAAAACGAAUAUUAUCCGGGAUUACUACGAGGACAUUCUCGAGGAGCCGCCACGGAUGUUUUGGCCGGAAUCCAUUUGGAGUUGUUACGUGAAGGAGCUGAAGGAUCUGCGGCGGGCCGACGCUACAGCCUUGCAAUGCUUGGAUAGGAUGGUCGCCGAUGCCCUGCGGCAUAUACCGUAUGUUAUCGAUUACGUGGUAUCCCUCAAGGAUCUCUCCGUAUUCCGCUUCUGUGCUAUCCCACAGCUGAUGGCCAUCGCCACGCUCUCCAAAGUCUACCACAACGCCGACACUUUUAAAACCAAAGUUAAGAUAUCGCGGCCUGAGUCCUGUCGGAUUAUGGUCGAUUGCAGCAGCGUUUAUGAUUUCACGUACAUAUUCAGCGAGUAUUGCGAGAACUUUCUGAGUAGGUUGGAGGAUGGUGACCCCAGCACACCGCGAAUCCGUGAAAUUCUGACGGAAGUUAUAGGCUCACUGGAAGAGUAUAAGCAACAGUAUCUACCGACGCCGUACUCACGUAGUAUCAUCACCCGUUACCCAGGUCUCGGUGGAGACUUUUUGCUCCGUACGCUCGACACCAUCAUGAGCUUUUUUGGCGCCUCAUCAACCUCUCGCAUAGGAAGAACUUCUCAUCCAUUGCUUUGA